UCAUCGAUUCCUCUCAACCGCCCUCCCAUUCCGUGUAAAAGCGACUGGUAACAUCGACAAACGGUAGCGGAUCACAGCCCGAACCAUCUCUACACUCAGUGCUCUAUGCUAAGUAUAGAACGAUAGUUUCUACCAAAGUGUGUUUUUUCUUUUUGCCCCUAAUAUAAUAACCUGAGCCUCGGUCACUUUUUACGAGAGACCCACAACCAAAAUUUUUAAAGCUAUCUUCCGGAUCUAAAUUCUUGCAUUCGAAAUGGGGUUCUUUAGUCCUCCUAAGGGAUAUAAUGGGUACUAUAACCCAUCUGCCAUCCGCUCAAAUCCAGCUCUCAAGAAGAAUAAUAAACCCGAUGCGACGACUGGAUCGUCCACUACAGAGAGUAACACCACUUCUUCGGACAAUGUAGAAGACCUACCAACAGAAUCCUCAGCUCUGGAGGAGGAGAAGAAGCAACUGAAAAGGAAAAAGAAGAAGGCCGAUGAACCGGAGACUGAGACUGAAGUGAAUACAAGACUUAAUGCCUUGUUGUACCAUACAAGCUCUGAAUCUGUUGAUCUCUAUAGACAAGAGAAUACUUCAUCCGAUUUGCUCGGAAGAUUAUAUUUCGAUGAUUAUGAUAGUGAGUCAGUACUUUCGGAAGGAGGAAGUGGGACUGCCACCCCAAUAUUGCUCUCACCAACCACUUCACCAACAGGAUUACCUGGGCCAGACUAUUUCAGUAAGAUAGCUGGUCAUCAUAGUAACUCCAGCGUUAGCAUCAGCAGUCAACUUUUCCAAACACCACAGCAUAUAAUCCCUCAACAAGCUCCCUCGGGGACAGUAUCCCCAGUACGUGGGUCAAGAUCACCUUCUGCAUCUAGACUUCGUCCUGCCAUUGAACGUCUUAAAUCGUUUGAACGAGGAGUCUCCUUUGAUGCAUCCACCGAUGAUCAUCGUAGAUCUCUCACUUUUAAAGUGAAGCAUCCUAAUUUCAAGUUCAGAAGAAAUAAUAAAACCUUCUUGGCUGGAUAUAACAAUGACCAGGAAUCUCUCAAGGCCAUUGAAUGGCUCUUUGAUGAGAUGAUUGUCAAUGGUGAUACCAUCAUUAUUCUUCAAGUAUUGGAUGAAAAGCAUUAUAACUCCAUUGAUAAGGUCCGAGCCAACGAAUCCCUUAAAAAGAUUGAAUUAUUGAAUAAACACAUUAAAAAGGUAUCUUUAGUUUAUGAAGUGGUGGUUGGUAAACCACAAAAAUUGCUCAAAAGUGCCAUUGAUGAAUAUAAUCCAGCCAUGAUGGCCAUCGGAACCCACAAUUACGAAGACAGUAAUGGAAUGAUGCAUGCGAACCCUAACCAUCAUAAAUCAUUUCUUUCCAAGUCCUCGAUGUCUAAACAUUUCUUGGAAUGUGCCUUGGUCCCAGUAAUCGUGGUCAAGCCAGUUUAUGAAUAUGUGGAGAUGUUGAAUAAACCUGUGGAUUCUGAAGAAUAUUUCCAUAAUUGGUUGGCUAAUAUUGAUAUUGGCUGGACUUUUUCAAAGGAUAAAAAUGCUCGCAAGAAACAUUUGAGUCCCGUUUCUUCUAGACAAAGCUCUUUUACAAACCUUGCCGGAUUGGGACUGGAAAGAAGUAGAAGUCCUCACAUUCCACAUGGGAAUGAGGCAUUUGCUGCCGCUAAAAUCGAUCAGCAACGUAGGGGAAGAAGAGAUGAUCCUAAGGAUGUGACUGCUUCCGUUGAGGACGACACAUCCAGAUCAUCAUCCCGUUCUAGAUCUAGAUCUAGAUCAAGAUCAAGAAGUGCUUUAGGAAAGCUAUUCCGUCAUUAACUAUAUAACAUGUAUUCAAUUAACUAACAAUUAUUAUUAAUAUUUUCUAAUAUAUUUCUUAUUCUUUACAGGAGAAGGAUUAUGUCGGUAGUAAGGAGAGAUUAUUUAAUUGAGGAGCUCUUCUGUUACUGACGAGGAUAAGAACUGGAAAAUAGAAAAAUACCCCGUGUGUAUGUUCAUGCAAAGUUUCUAAAUGAAAUAUAACACACGAUCUGAAUUCCCC